AUGGACCUAACACCAUUCCCCUUUCUUUCUCUGCCUUGGCAACUCCGCAGGCAGAUCUACUUCUUUGCCCACCUUGUUCGAGAGUGCCCGGUUGCUAUCACAGCACCUGCAAAUGUCAUUGUUCGCCACGACGCCCCUCGCCGCACAGAAAAAGAGGGAUGGGGAUGGUGCUGCCAAUAUCAGCAGCGGAAGCAGCUCGGUCGUCAUAACAUUGCCUAUGAGACUCGAGAAUGCCGCUGUCCUGAAAUCCCCAAGCAGCUGCUUCUCUUGAGCAAGGCUCUGCACGCGGAGGUCGAGGCCCUCCUCUACGGCGAAAACAAAUUCAUCAUCCGCGCGCAUCGUGCAGAGGACCUCGACUUGUUUGAAAAGCUCUCCGUUCGUGCUCUCAGCCAGCUGCGAUAUCUCUUGGUCCGGCUCAACAGCUGGCCUUGCUAUCGUGGGCAUUCCCGCGCCAGCUUCAAACAUGGCGUGUGUCUCGAGUGUCGCGCACCUGUCUCUGCAAGUGAUGCAGAGCUCGGGGCAGACAAUGCCGAGUCCGAAGCAAUCAUCGAGCAGUGGUCGAGGGCGUGUUCACGCUUGUCCUCACACGUUAUCCCCGGCCGCUUGAGCGUUGAAUUCAUCUGCGAUGUGAUGGAUAAGGCGACGGCAGAACGAGUCUUGGGGCCACUGGGCACAUUGCCCAGACUAAACGAGUGCACCAUAAGGCUCGGGCGUAACCAAGACGCUGCCCUUCGGUCACUAGCCCGCUCCGCUGCAAUCAGGCUCACCGAGGAUCUGUGCCCUCCAAGCUCUGCAGCAGUGUCGUCGUUCUUCCCCUUUCAAAGCUUGCCUCCAGAACUCCGACUUCGGGUCCUCGGCUUCACCAAUCUUGGACCAAACGGCUCUUUCAGGCCAGAGUGGAGCGAUAUAGCCGUCAAAAACGGGAGGUUCGAACAGGCGAUCUGCAGUAGUCUAGCCGUUGAGAGGGAAUGCUGCUUGAGCUGCUCAUUCACCAGGCUAGACUGCUGCUGUCCCUUGAGAAGCGCGUCCUACUCCCUUGCCUGUCGCUGCAGAGACCUGCCCCUUGAGCUGCUCCUUGUUAAUCGACAGACACGUACAGACGCGGCCAUGGUGCUCUAUUCUACAAACACGUUUACCUUUACCGGCCCCUUUCUUGACAGCCUGCGCAUGCUCCAGUCGCUUCGACCAGACACUUUGCGGCGCUUUCGACGCAUCUGCUUCCAACUUGAGACGAGGCAGACUGUUCGGUGGAAGGACCUCGCAGAUACUUGGGGUCUUCUUGUAGCAUUCAUUGGCAAAUUCUUUGAUAUCUCUCGUCUGAGUCUUAUCAUCAAGGCUGACAGCAACGACUACGAGGAAUGUACUGAUCCCACUUAUAACGAACCAAUGCUGCGCAAUCUCUACACUGGAUAUCGCACCUUAGUACUGGGGGUCAAAGCCCAGCUGCCGAAUCUGUUGGAUUUCCAUCUUAUGCUGGGGGCUUUCUACAGCCUUGAACCUGUUUGGGAAAAGCACGUUAUGGGUUCGGGGUAUGACAGCACAAACGGCAACCAAUUCUCAAAGGAGGCUCACAGUACGGAUAGAUGGCCAAAUCUACCCAAGGAUCUAACCGAGGCACCACACUGGCAUCAAGAGUUGUAG